ACUGCCCGCUCCUGCUGGCCCUUCCGCCUCACUCAGCGGCGCCAGAGAGCAGGACGGGCAUCGGGGCCAUGCAAAGGACAGCGAGCAGAGAGCUGGCCUUGGCGCCUCUGCAAGACUGGGGCGAGGAAACUGAGGACGGCGCCGUGUACAACGUCUCCCUGCGUCGGCAGCGCAGCCAGCGCUCGACCCCAAAGGGGCCUGGAGACGACCAGGUGCGGAAGGGGCUGGAGGCUCCCACCCCGGUUGCUGACACCUUCCUCCAGUACCGCACCAGCAAGGUGCGGGCGCUGAGAGCCGCCCGACUGGAGCGGCUGGUACAUGAGUUGGUGUCCGGAGACCGUGAACAGGAUCCUGGCUUCGUGCCUGCCUUCCUGGCCACACACCAGGCCUUUGUGCCCACAGCGCGCGUUCUGGGCUUUCUGCUACCCCCGCCGCCGCCACCACCACCUCCUGGGGUAGACAGCAAGAGGGCAGAGGCACAGGAUCUGAGCUUCAGCAAGAAUCUGAGGGCUGUGGUUUCGGUACUCGGUUCUUGGCUGCGAGAUCAUCCUCAGGACUUCUGGGAUCCCCCUGCCCAUCAGAACCUGGGAAAUGUCCUAAUAUUUUUGGGCUGGGCAGCCCCAGGAGGGGCAGAAGCCAGGGAAGCAGAGAAGCUUCUGGAAGAGUUCUUGGAGGAGGCUAAGGGAGAACAGGCAGAGGAGGAGCAGCGACUGGCUUGGGCUGGCCCUCCCAGGACCCAGUCUCCCAGAUCAGAAUUCUCAGAGGACUUAGAGGAAGACGAAGGGCCCAGUUCUGAAGGCCCUGAGCUCCUGGACUUCAGCGUGGAUGAGGUGGCGGAGCAGCUGACCCUUAUGGACGUGGAGCUCUUCUUGCGCGUGCGUACCUGCGAAUGCCUGGGAUCUAUGUGGUCUCAGCGUGACCGGCCAGGAGCUGCAGGCAUUUCUCCCACAGUGCGUGCCACCGUGGCCCAGUUCAAUGCGGUUACUGGCUGCGUGCUGGGCUCGGUGCUCGCAGCGCCUGGCCUGGCAGCCUCCCAGAGGGCACAGCGCAUCGAAAAGUGGAUCCGCAUCGCCCAGCGCUGUAGGGAACUUCGCAAUUUCUCUUCAUUGCGAGCCAUCCUGUCGGCGCUGCAGUCUAACCCCAUCUACAGGCUCAAGCGCAGCUGGGGAUCUGUGAGCCGGGAACCACUGUCCACUUUCAAGAAACUGUCGCAGAUUUUUUCUGAUGAGAAUAAUCAUCUCAGCUGCCGAGCAAUUCUUUCCCAGUCUCUUCCUUCCCAGGAGGAGACCACUGAGGGCCCCCAUGGUGACGACUGCCUCCCAGGAAGUUUGCCAUCAAAACUGUCUCCAGGUCCUGUCCCCUACCUUGGCACCUUUCUCACAGACUUGAUUAUGCUGGAUACAGCCUUACCGGAUAUGUUGAAGGGAAAUCUCAUCAACUUUGAGAAGAGGAGGAAGGAAUGGGAGAUCCUGGCCCGAAUCCAGCAGCUACAGCAUCGCUGCCAACUCUACAGCCUGAGCCCCCACCCACCAAUCCUGGCUGCCCUUCGAGCCCAACGCCAGCUGAGUGAGGAGCAGAGCUACCGGCUCUCCCGUGUCAUUGAGCCACCAGCUGCCUCCUGUCCCAGCUCCCCACGUAUCCGGCGGCGAAUCAGCCUCACAAAGCGUCUCAGUGCGAAGUUGUCCCGGGAGAAGAACUCUUCCCCUAGUGAGAGUCCCGGGGACCCGUCCUCACCAACCUCCAGCAGUGUGUCUCCAGGGUCCCCCCCUUCCAGUCCUAGAAACCGAGAACCUCCUCCCGGUAGUCCUCCAGCUUCCCCAGGACCCCAGAGCUCCAGCAACAAGAUGAGCAAGGCCACAACCUUGCCAACUCCACACUGCCUACAGCCAUCUCUGAACAUGGACUCCUCCACAACCUUGACCCUGAGCAGCCCGCGAAUUCCUCUCCUUGGGCAGCAGACCUCAGAGGCCCGUGUCAUCCGAGUCAGCAUCGACAAUAACCAUGGGAACUUGUAUCGGAGCAUCUUGCUCACUUGUCAGGACAAAGUCCCCAGUGUGGUGCAGAGAGCCCUGGAGAAGCACAACGUGCCUCAGCCCUGGGCCCGUGACUACCAGCUCUUCCAGGUCCUGCCUGGAGACAGAGAGCUCCUGAUUCCGGACAGUGCCAACGUCUUCUAUGCAAUGAACCCAACUGCCCCUGGCGACUUCUUGUUGCGUCGGAAAGAGGGGACACGGCAUACACCUUCAGCCUCCCCAACCUGAAGCAGCACUCACCUCACUCUGGGGCACAGGCACCAUGAACAGCAUGGUACCUGGCUUCCACCACCAUCAAAGCAGGGGUUCAUUUCCUGAAGAGCUCCCAUCCCCUGGUGGAAGCCCUCUUGCUCCAUAUCCUGGGGACUCCUCAGCAAUAGCCCAUCAGGCACCAUCUCUCUGACUUCCUGGGCACUUGGCCAUUAUUCUAAAAAUAUGGAUGUAUGAGAAAAGGGUAGAACUCAGAAAAAUCAAGAUCUUUAAGAGCUGAGAGCUUAGCUUAGUGGCAGGGCAUUUGCCCAGCAUGCCCUAGACCCUGAAUGCUUCCAGCACUACCCAAAAUAAAAAGUCCUAUGGAGUGUA